UUCUCAUUGACAUCUCACACCUUGCACAGAACGUUCAGUAAUUCUUUUUACAUAUCGCAAAAAAGCGUCCACAUCAUUCAUAUCAUGGCAAAAAAAGCUUCUAAACUCGCCGGGAGCUUUAUCAUUUUGAUUCAGCUAUUCCUAUUAAUAUUCCCCUACACGUCAUGCGAGGAACUUAAAGAGGACAUGUUUCCCUACGGCGUGGAAAAUGGAGAUAUAAGAAUGUUCGAAACUGACGACGGGUUUGACGUGGCUCCCCUGAUAUUUGGAAAUUUUAAAUUCUUUAACAACACUUAUAACCGCGUAUUUAUCAGCAACAAUGGAAUCUUGUCGUUUGUAAAUGGAAUUGGCCAAUAUACGCCCACCUGUGGGCCACUCCUCAACACCCCCAUCGUCAUGGGCUACUGGGCUGACGCCAUCACCACUGGGGGUAACAUGGGGUCCGUCUACUACCGCGAAUCCAUCAACAAAACCAUCCUCGCCAAAGCAGCUGACGAAAUCACGGCGGCAUUUCCCUCCAUCCCAAACCCUGACCUGACUUGGACCUUUGUAACGACUUAUGACAACGUGGGGUUUUACGGUGCUCGAAACACGACAAAUUGUACCGGGGUAAAUUUUCGAAACACGUUUCAAAUAAUCCUCACCACCGACGGGUAUCACUCCUUUGUGAUCUUGAACUAUAACAAAAUCACGUGGACGGCGGGAACUGCGUCCGGCGGGAAUCAAUGCACCGGUCUUGGCGGGAGACCGGCCAAGGCGGGAUUCGACUAUGGGGAUAACACCAUGCUAUACACGAUCGAAGGAUCCUGUUACGAAUCGAUAGUUAAUAUUAGUCAAUCCAGUAAUGUAGACUACCCUGGAAAAUGGAUUUUUAAAGUUGAUCAGAAAGUUGAUUCCGCCAGUUGUGUGGAUUAUUCGGAUAAAAUUAAAAUCGCGCCGGUUGCAGUGUCUAUGCUGGGGUAUUCUGAGAUUGUUUUGAGCGGACCUUGCUUCAAUAACUAUACAAGAGCUGUAUGCAUAUUCCAUGAUAAAGAACUUAUCGAGGUGGUCGGGGUAUUUUCUCCCGAUAAAAGGAAAGUAUUCUGUUUAACGGCCCCCUUUCAAACGUGGGGCAUGGUUUCAGUAAGUCUCACUUUAACCCUGGACAACUUUACUGACGUUACGUUUCAUGGCUCCAUCUACACCACGGCGACACCGAGGGACACACUUUCACUAGAUACGAAUGCUGAUACCACCAUUUUCAUGAGCUGGGAUCCCCUAAGUUUUAGACGGGUUGCGGUCCCUGCCGCUGUCGAAGUUCGAGCACCCGCAAUGUUAGAGAUUAGUCUCAUCAAUGUCUAUAUGACGCCGAGAAACAAAAUUAUUUACGCAACUCCAAUCCAAGUAGGCGAUCCUAUCGUGAAUAUUGGGCAGUACGAGGUUAAUCUCCCUCUAAACAUUACGGCACUGACAAACCUAAGUUCCACAUUUUUCAUCGCUUUAUCACUCAAAAAUCCCAACCCUGUCCUUUUCCCGGUAGGGAAAUACGUCCUCAGUGAACUGUUACAUUCUGGAUAUGGAAAAACGCUUGCAGAUUUGCAGGUCUGGUGCGAUAAUUGGUUUAAAGAUGAUCUCGGUCCUCCCAGAAUAAUUCUCCCCUGUCCGCCAUCCCUCCCCCUGGCACAAAUGGAUGGGAGGUAUCAAUCCAUCCUGUCCAGCGGUGCGGAAGAAAUUCCAAAUUCUGAUGACUUGAUUGUCAACAAAUUUAUUCAAACAAUUUCAAAUUUUGACGGGUCAGGACAAGAAUGUUUUUACAAUCAGAAGGGCCAACUCGUUUCCGGCCCUCCAUUCGGCGGUAGCGCCAAUUUGGUCAGUCCACACUCUUCUUUAGGACCAGUUGGUCACCACGUCGCGGAUGUCGCACCUUACCUCAUGUGCUGCAUAUUUGGCAAUAGUAUGCAAAACUGUAGUUCUUAUUAUGUAAAACGUCCAUCCAACUAUGGGCUUGGGUAUGUCCCGCCGAGAUUUGGGUUCGGUUUUGGCGAUCCCCACAUUUCCACGGUGGACGGGGUGAGGUACACGUUUAACGGGGUGGGGGAAUUUUGGAUGGUUUAUGGUAGCAGUCAGUUUGGAAUGCAGUGCAGAAUGGAGCAAUUUAUUGGUCAAGGUGGUUCCACAAAUGCGUCAGUAUUUACCGCGUUUGCUUUUAAGGAAGCAAAUCGUACGAUUCAGGUGGAGUGGAACAGGUUAAAAGAAACUUUUAACGUUUACCUGGACCAUGUUUUCGUAUCGAGCGAGGUUUUAAUUGGGGAAGGUGGUCUGGUCGUGGACGGAGUGUCAAUUCACAUUGGAAACGGGACAAUCCUAGAAUUAUCGUUUAGUUCGGGUUUCUUCUUCGAAAUCAAGUCUGCCCCUGGUGCUGUGAACGCGUUAAGCGUUACGACCGGUGUGUAUGGAAACCAGGUUUUAAACAAGGGGUAUUCCGGUCUUCUUGGUAGGAUUGAUGGAAGAACGGAGAAUGAUUUGACCAGUCGAAAUGGGAAUUUUAUUUCGGUGAAUUCUAGUCUAGCGGAAAUACACAGGUUCGGAAUUUCUUGGGCAACGUUCGAAAAUGAGAGUCUGUUUUACUAUCAGGAUGGAAAAAGUCAUGGGUCUUAUCAAAAUUUGAACUUUACCCCGAAUUUCGAAACUCCCCAGAUUUCCAACUUGCCUGGAAACGUGGUCGCCAUGUGUAACGGGUCGGUUGAAUGCUUAUACGAUUUUGCGUCAACGGGUAGCAAGGAUUUUGCAGAAGGGACUAAGGUUGAGGUUAAAAUAGAAAAGGUGCUAGAUGCAGUUGUAAGGUCUGAACUUAACGAUGAUAACCCGACCUGUGUUCCAUUACCCAAUCCGAAGAAUGGGUAUGUCAUUAGUUCGAAUAUCCAGUUUAACGGGGUGGCAAGAUUUUACUGUAAUGCGGGGUUUAAACUGGUCGGAAAUUCGGUGGUGGCGUGUUCAGUGAAAUAUGGGAAUGAUGCUGUUUGGAAUGGAACUGCUCCGAUUUGUGUGAGAGGAAGUGGACCACCCAAGAAAUGUGUGAUGGAUAAAAACAAUCAGAAUACGGAUGGAAAGGUUUGUUGGUAUUAGAUACAUGUCUAAAUACAGAUAUGUUAGUUAAUAUAUUUGCAUCAAUGUGUAAAUGUAUUUUUUUGAAAAUCUUCUAUGUCUAGUUGAAUACAUUAAUAUGUAAUUGGAUUUGAAUUAUAAAUAUAAAGUUGAAAUUUAAUGCCACGUAUAGAUAUCUCGCGACAAGAAAUUUUUGUGUAUGCUAGGGUUUAAUUUACUGAACAAUUAAUUGUCAUUCUAGUUCAAUUCUUUACACACGGAUAUAUUUACAUGUAUUUAUGUAUUCGAACAAUAAAAUCUGCAUACUUUUUGUUAGUAAAUAUGUGAUAUAAGUAUUGCUUGUGCAUAAAAUAAUAAAAUUCACUUGCGUUUGCGAGCGAAGUUCAUAAAAAA